UCAAGAUUCUGUAAUUUUAUUUGCGGGAUAACAGCCAGGCUGGCUCACUGCGCACAAAUGCCCUAGCCUACUAGCAUUAUUGGCGCUGGGUUUUUGUUUGAUUGACUAAAGUUCUUCUGAUAAAUACAUACAGAGUUGUUUUAGAUCUUCAACGUCAUCUUUUUGCUUUCAUCGCAAAGUGGAUCAUUACAAAAGACUGAUCGCCAAUUGUGACGUAAAGCUUUCAUCAUUGAAAUUACACCGUCAAAGCGGUGUUGCUGAAAGCGGUGGAAAAAGGAGGUCACGCAAUUCGAACGAUAAUUUGCGUAUAGGAGCAAGAGCCGAAGCGAGAAGGAAACCCAUCUCGGUCUUAGAAGAUCGGCCAAGAAUAUUCCUUAAAAGAGGAUAUCCUUCCAUUUCACUUCUCCUUGCCAAUCAAUAUUGUCCGGUAUGGGUCUUCUUUCUUUGGGUACACCACUUCCCUGGCCAGAAGCCAAACCAUUGGCAGAUCAUGUUCGCAGUCAUGGAAUAUCUCAAUUCUUAUCGCUUUGGUCAAAGAUUAAAGAUCGAAAAGGUGAUAAACUAUUGUGGGGAGAUGAAAUAGAAUACAUGGUAGUUUCAUUCGAUGAAAAUAAACAAGAAGCAUUACUCUCUUUACGACAAGCAGAAAUUUUACAAGUUCUAGCAAAUUCACAUGAACAGGCAGCAAGUCAAGCACCAGACAUGAUCGAUGAAGUUCCUACCUUUCAUCCUGAGUAUGGACGCUUCAUGCUGGAAAGUACACCGGGAAAGCCAUAUGGAUGUACAUCAAAGGAAUUGUGCAAAGUGGAAGCAAAUAUGAGAAGGCGGCGGCGGAUUGCUCGAAGCCAUCUGUUGCCCCAUGAAGUGCCGAUCACCUUGACUUCAUUCCCAAGGCUAGGUGUAACAGACAGCCCAUUCACUGAUCCUCCUCUAGAAGCCAAAGGAGAAGCGAGCAGAAGUCUCUUCUUGCCGGAUGAGGUCAUCAAUCCUCACGCACGCUUUCCCACCUUGACCGCUAAUAUCAGACGAAGAAGAGGAGCAAAAGUUGCUAUCAACAUGCCAGUCUUUCACGACACAAACACGCCUCGACCAUUCAUUGAUCCUUCUGUUCCAUGGAAUCGAACUUUGUUCCCAGAAGAUGCAGAAGCAGGACAGGGUGCAGCAUUACCAGAUCACAUCUAUAUGGACGCAAUGGGUUUCGGAAUGGGAUGCUGUUGCUUACAAGUCACUUUCCAAGCGUGCAGUGUAUCAGAAGCUCGAAGUAUCUACGACCAAUUGGUACCUGUUGGACCGAUCAUGCUUGCUCUUACAGCAGCCUCACCAGCCUAUCGCGGUUAUCUUGCAGACGUAGACUGCAGAUGGAAUGUGAUCUCUGCUGCGGUGGAUGACCGAACAAAGGAAGAGUUGGGUUUGGAGCCUUUGAAGGAUAGUAGAAUGGUGAUGCCAAAGAGUAGAUAUGAUUCAGUGGACAGCUAUAUUUCGACCGAUCCAUUAAAUCGACCAGAAUACAACGAUAAUCCACUUCCUGUCGACGAAGGAAUUAAGGAGAGAUUAGAAGCCAACGGUAUUGAUCCAUUACUCUCGAACCAUCUUGCCCACCUCUUCAUCCGCGAUCCUCUAGUCAUCUUUAGCGAAAUGGUGGACCAAGACGAUGAAGUAAGCAUGGAUCACUUUGAGAACAUUCAAUCUACAAAUUGGCAAACGAUGCGCUUCAAGCCUCCACCACCAGGCGGUCAAAUUGGAUGGAGAGUUGAAUUCAGACCAAUGGAAGUUCAAUUGACAGAUUUCGAGAAUGCCGCUUUCAGUGUCUUUAUCGUGCUUUUAACAAGAGCGAUUUUGAGUUUCGGUCUCAAUUUCUAUAUUCCGAUUUCCAAAGUUGAUGUGAAUAUGAAGCGAGCACAUCAUCGAGAUGCUGUUCAUACACAAAAGUACUAUUUCCGCAAAGAUGUUUAUCGAGCAAAACCACGCCAUCAUACACGCGAGGCAUCCGUUGCUGCUGCUGCUCGUAACAGAUCUACAGCUUCCAGUAGAGCACCUUCGCCUGGUGCAGGACAAAGUCAAUCAAACAAUGCAAGACAGACGAAUGGACAUUCUACUCCAAACAAUCAAAGAGCGGCUGAACCAAGUCCGGCACGACAUUCACGAGCAGGUAGUCCAGAUUUCGGUCCUGUUGAAGAAGAGUAUGACGAAUUCACGAUUGAUGAAAUUAUCAAUGGUGUCAAAGAUUCCGAUCAGGACGAAAGAAGUGGCUUCCCUGGUUUGAUUGGUCUGGUAUAUAAUUACCUUGAUUCUCUCAAUGUGGACGUUGAAACACACUAUGAGCUAGGUCUCUAUCUCGAUCUGGUAGCAGCAAGAGCAAAUGGCUCUUUAAUCACAACCGCAACUUGGAUACGUAAUUACGUACGCUCUCAUCCGGAGUACAAGUUUGAUUCACGCAUCACCGGUAAGAUCAACUAUGAUAUGAUGAAAAAGCUGGAUGAGAUCGAACGUGGAAUUGUGGAAGCUCCUGAAUUCUUACCUCCAUUUUAUGCUAAAAGGAGACAAGCAACAGCAGAAACUGAAAAGUGAUUUGUAUUGUGUUUUGCUUUUUUUUCGCUCUUUUUCCUCUUUGUCACAUUAUCUCUUGUACUUUAUAUAAGACAUCAAUGUACUGUCAUUUUUUAUCAAAUCAUUGCUCAUUCUCAGCACGCAAUAAAUCUUCG